AUGAGCACCGUUCUUCCCCCACAACCAACUUCUCCGGGCGUUGGUAUCCGUCGAAAAGGACCCAAAUCUCAUCCCAGUCUUCCCCUCUCUGCAUUUACCCCACCUAACUCUGGCACUUCUGAAAGAUUCCCACUGCCACCAAGUCCUAGCACCGUUCAUCCUGAAAAGGUUCUCGAUGCCAGUGUUGCACUGUUGUCCUCAGAUGACGAUCUAUCUCAAUGGAAGGUCCAUGCGGGACAGACCUUAGGCAUUCGUAUUGGCGGCCUCGUCGCCGCUCUCCCAACGGUAGACGCAGAUAUAGCACGGGUUAUUUCCAGAUUAGCCGCCGAUAAGUCCAAGACAUCGAUUAUAUCUGUUAUGGUUCCAUUCCAAUUGGAUGCCCCACCAGAAGAAUUAUUAACGACAGCAGUCCUUCACAACUCCCCCAUUCCAGUUUCGCUCGCUACUACCUUCAAUGCCAAAGCUACACCUCAGAACGUGUCCACUCUCAAGUGGGCUCUCGAGCAAGGUCGACCGGUCGACAUCGAUGUCCAGGCUGACCUGAAGGAAGAUGUAUUCGAUACGCUUGAGGAUCUAUUAUACAAAGCGACGGUGAACCUUGAAAAAGUACCACCUAUCAUCCUUUCCAAUCUGCUCCCGCCACCUCAUCAACUCGAACUACCGAUCGUGAAACUGAUGAAUCACACCAGCUAUAGGAAAUUCCAGGCACAGGUGGCUGCACUUUCACUGCACCCUCAGGUGUAUAUCAAGUACUUGGCGCCGUCCUGGGAGGCCGCUCCUACUGUACCGGGGGAUUCGACGCCUAGUCUAGAAAGCAACGAGAAUCGUAAACAAAAGGAGUGGAAGCGGAGGAUCAAGAUGUAUUUGGGGCCUGUUAUGGAAGCCUUUGGUUAUCAAAGAAUCAUAUAUGGCUCCUUCCCCUCCAAAAUCUCCAAAACGAAGAUCAGCGCAGGGGAAUGGUAUGAGUUGGCCAGGGAGUCUUUGGCUGAGCUGGGUGUUGAACAGGACGUUGUUGAUGCAGUUUUCUAUGCAACUGCUCUGGAAGUUUACUCUUGA